AGAGGCAACAAGAGCAGCAACAUGAGCAGCUCCGGCUUUGGAUCUACUACUACCUUCAGCAAAGUCUGCAGUUUCAGUCGCGCGUCGUCGCUUCGAGCGUGAGGUUGUAAGCCAGAUUUGAAAGACGGAAUAACAGGGCUUUGUGCCGCCAAAAGCAUCAGCUAAAAGCAGCCGACAAAAUGGAAACCUAUCUGACGGAGAUCAAACAAUUGCGCAUACCACGCCCGAAAUUCGAGCCCAACAGUUGCCAUCAGCAGCACCAACAUGCGGUGGUUAGCUCAUCCUCUUCCUCGACCACGCCCACCCAGCCACCACCGCCCCUGCACCACCGGCAGUGGCGGCACUUUGUGCGACCCUUUACGCCGCCCCGCGAUUACCAUUUGCCGAUGGUGGCCGAGGGUUCCAUUCACGACAAGAUGUGAGGCGAACUGGAAGACUUCUAAACCAUACAUAACCCUAUAUACGAUACUUACAUAAAAUCUCUCUAUAACAUAAGAUAGUGCUUAAGAUUAAGUUUAGCUAACUCUAGAUACAAAUACAGAUACAAAUACAGUUUACAGAUGCAAAGAAUAAAGUAUUGAAUUGAG